GCAUAUCACACCGUUUUGAGGUGCUCCAAAAAUAGAGCCAUUUGCUGUUCGUAGCAACGGGAGACAGGAACAUGCGAGGGAUAUGAAAGUGAUCUUUUUGUUCAGACAAGAUGGAACUUUCUAUCGCUGCUGUGCUUUUGUCCUGGAUAGCACCAGCUUUGGGAUCAGCUUUUGGCAGGGAAAUGCCAGCAUACACAACGGAUGAAAUUCACGAGUAUGACAAGCCAUUUCAUUAUGAUUAUGAAUCUCUGAGAAUUGGUGGUAUGAUCUUCGCUGUCAUACUAUUCUUAAUGGGGAUAUUUCUCAUUAUCGGCCGGAAAUGUCAAUGCAGAGGGAACAAUUCAAAGCCAGAGGGAUUUGAUCCAGAGGCAGUCAGAGGAAGCAUGGCAUCCUAAGGAGAAAUAAAGUGGAGUGUCAAACAUUUUGGAGACAGCUAGCCAUUUGGAAGAAGAAAUGGCCAACUGAGGAUAUAGUCCUUCUCUAGUGUUCUUAAUUUUUAUUUAUUUAUUACAUAUAGUUGUUUCUUGGAUACAUAGGAGUAUGCGCUCCUUUAAAAAAUUAAAAUAAACUAUUGAUUCAGAGCUAGGACUAAUUUGUCAUUAUGUUUAAUUUAGCAGCUGAUCUGGAUCUCAAGAGAGUUUCUAGGUUUGACAGUUGUUGACAAUAUAUACACACUUAUGUACUUUUCAGCUCUCAGUGUAGUUUAUGAACUAUUUGGAUGUGCAGUGCUCAAAGGCUGAAGGAAAUUACCAGGCAUUACGAAAAUUUAGUAAAUUCUGUCCAUUUUGCAGAAUUAACUAAUCAAACUGUAGAGAACUGUAGUAAUAAAUUGAUUUCUAUAGAGUGUCUGUUAUAAAGUGCCAUCAUGAAAAUGAUGCAACAUUGUGCUUGGCAUCUGUCUCAAUCUGUCUCUCGUAUUCAGCCUGUCUUAUAAAUAGUUGACCUGUUAUCAGUAAUAUUAGUACAAGCAAUUUAGUUAUGCAGUGUUGCUGAUGGAGCAAUACAAUCUA